AUGCGACCAGCGUUACGUUUCGAAAUUCCGUCGUCGUGUUCUUCUCGAAACGCGUCGUGCAGUUGCAGCGGCAAAAGCGAGAGCAGUUGUAGUGGCAGGAAUGAUUACUCAAAGUCUUGGACAUCAUCAUCAUCAUCAUCAUCGGCGAGGAGGAAUACGACGAGGAGGAGGAGGAGAAAGAAAUUUUCGUCGUCGUCGUCGUCCACAGAUUCUGACGAUGAGAAGAAGAAGACGAAGUCCGAGGAAAAUUCGUUAGCGAGAGUAGGAAUAGAAACGAGGAUGAAAAACGCGUCCGUGGGAGCGCUCGCGGCGUUAACUUUAUCACUGGGAGGGAAUCCAACGAUGAUGAUGAUGACACCAUCAACAUCAGUCGCAUACGCCAGUACUGGAAAUGGAAUUGAAAACACGGCGAAGCGCACCGGGGAUUGUUUAUUGCAAAACUGCAAAGCGGAGUUAGCGGGGUGCUUGGCUGACGAGAAGUGCGUGGAAUCGUUGGCGUGCUUGAACGUGUGUUUCGGGAAACCGGACGAGGCGGAUUGUCAGAUUCGAUGCGGGGAUUUGUACGCGUCGCCGGCGGUGCAAAAAUUUAACACGUGCGCGGUGACCAGGAACGCGUGCGUGGCGCAGAGACAAUCGACGGGGGAAUAUCCGGUGCCUGAUUUUGACGCGAUUGAGACGAAAGAGAACGUCACCAUCGACGAUUGGACGAAGAAGAAGAGGUGGUACAUCGUCGCCGGCUUGAAUAAAGAUUUCGACAUUUUCGAUUGUCAAGAACACUUCUUCGCGAAAGGCGACGACGAUAAGAUGUACAUCAAAAUCAAUUGGAGAGUGAACAGGCCAAACGGACAAUUUUACGAGAGAGGCGACGUGCAACGGUUUUACCAGGAGGACGAUAAGGCGAUUUUCUUGAACAGAGGGAACCCGGAAACGAAAUUGCACUACCAAGACGAUUGGAUCAUCCCGAAGGACGGUUUCUACGCCGACGAAGAGAAAGGCGUCGCGUUCGUGUAUUACCGAGGCACGAACGACGCGUGGGACGGGUACGGUGGCGCCGUCGUAUACGCGACUGAACCAACGUUACGGCCAGAAUUUAUUCCGCGCAUGAAAGCUGCCGCGGAGAAAGUGAACGUCGAUUGGAACAAGAUGGUUAUCACCGAUAACUCGUGUAAAGCGCCCGAGGAAGUCAAAGUGACCAACAUCGCCGAUUUGGACACUUUGGGCGACGAUGUGAAAGCGGUAGAGAAAGUUGUCGAAAGAGACGUGGAAAAGAUCACGGAAAAACUGGUCGGUAAAGACGUGGAAAAAAUUUUAGAAUCGGACAUCACGAAGAUUGAGAAAGCUCUCGGCUCGGAAAUCAAAGCGUUGGAAAGCAACCUCUUCCGCUUGGAACAAGCCACGGAACAGAAAAUCGCCGGCCCGCAACGCGCGUUUGGCAACGAGGGCGGUAAAAACGACGUCGGUUUCGACAUCAACCUGAAAAAAGCCGAGAAGAAACUCGUCGAGAUUGAAAAAGAAGUCCGCCGGAUCGACCCGGACACCAACGGGUUCGCUUACUAUCCUGCUCCGGAAAGAAAAUAA